AAUUGGGAUCGUGGUGAAUUAUUUCAUACUUUGCCCGUGUGGAGGUAGUGUAAUCCACGCGCUGCCCCAAUACAUAUCUCUAGUCUUCGCUUCCAUGGGAGUGGAUCAGCGUUCCCAAAAAGAUGAUCAUUCAAUCCCCUAUUGGUCAUAUGUUCAUACACAAGGAUCCUCUCAUCCUUCUCGUGACAAAACCCGAGGAGAGAGACAAGAUUCUGGUGGCGCAGCUGGCAGAGUAACUAUACCUCAUUUUGGAACCGUUCAACUGCUGCCCCUCACUCACGCAGCAGUGCAGCCACAGCCUCACUUCAGCCCCUCACUAACUCUCGGUCUCGGUCGGAACUCUCACCUCACUUCAGCCCCUCAUUCACGCAACAGUGCAACCACAGCCCUCACUUUCGCCCCUCACUCACGCAGCAGUGCAGCCAUAGCCUUCACUUCAACCCCUCACUCACUCUCGGUCUCGGUCGGACAAUCAAGCUCUCAAGUCUCACCUCACCUUCGACCUUCCCCUCCCCUUCUUGCUGCUACAGAUCUACUGUAGAUUUGCUGUUGGAGCUGCUACAGAUCUGCUGCUAGAGCUAUUACAGAUCUGCUCUUGGAGUUGCUGUCAAAGCUGUUAGUUGCAGCCUGCAGCAUCCCAUCAUCCUGCUGACUGCUAAACUUUGUCUCUGCUGCCUGUGCCGGAGUGCAAGACUACUUCAACAAUUGUUACAGACUUACAGUGCAUUUUUCUCACAUCGUAGCAAGCUUAAUCCAGAUACAAUAGAAGCAUUGAUGUGUCUUCAAGAUUGGUUAAGAACAAAUCUCAAAGGUAUUAAGUUUAUGUUUCUUUUAUUUUUUUAUGUAUAUUUCUUUUGUUCUUUAAUUAAGUAGUUAAUUUUUA